GCGCGACUCGCAGCCAACUUCGGUGGGUCCUUCCACUGCCGAAAAACGUAAACGUCAAAAGAUUGGAAAGGCCGUAACGAGCCGUCCUGACGUUUUUAGAAGACGAAAUAUACCCUCGUCAUGACGGCGGCCGUCGCAUUGCCGCAGAAAAAAUAUUACAGGCAACGAGCACAUUCGAAUCCCAUCGCCGAUCACUGUAUCGAAUACCCAAGAACUCCGAGUUGCAUGGACUGGAGUCAGCUGUACGAUGCACAUUUUCAUGACCUUAAGAAUGACGGAAUCGAGUCUCCACCUCCCAAGCAGGUCGAAUUUGCGGACAUAGGCUGUGGCUACGGCGGAUUACUUGUGACACUGUCCACCAUGUUUCCGGAUAAUUUGAUUCUCGGCAUGGAAAUCAGAGUCAAGGUUUCCGACUAUGUGACUGACCGCAUAGCAGCGCUCCGUCUUCAACACCCUGGACAGUACCAGAACAUUGCUUGCUUGAGGUCAAAUGCGAUGAAGUAUCUCCCUAAUUAUUUCCAGAAAGGACAGUUGAAAAAAAUGUUCUUCCUCUAUCCAGAUCCACAUUUCAAAAAGGCUAAGCACAAGUGGCGCAUCAUAAAUAAAUCGCUUCUUGCCGAAUAUGCGUACGUGCUAGCUGAAGGGGCCAUCGUCUAUACGAUGACCGAUGUCAAAGAUCUGCACGAGUGGAUGGUACAACAUUUUGUCGAGCAUCCGCUCUUUGAAAGAAUUCCUGAAGAUCAAUUGACUUCAGAUCCGAUAGUUGCAAAGCUUUACGAAAGCACGGAAGAAGGCCAAAAGGUGACAAGAAACAAGGGCGAUAAAUUUCCAGCUGUGUUUCGACGGAUUCCAGAUCCAUUUGUGGAAAAUUAUAGUUAACAGUUCGGUACUUGUGAUCUUUUCUUAAUAAAAGUGAAGAACAAUAAAU